UACAACAGGAGCGCAAAAUGGCGGAACCGCCGAGCCCAAUGCACGGUCCCGCUACCGCUCCCGCCGCCGCCGCCUCGGAGAAAGACCCAUUUGGCAAGCUGCAGCCCCCUUCCCGGGACCCGCCGGGCCCUCUGUCCGCCAAGAAGGUCCGGACUGAGGAGAAGAAGGCCCCGCGGAGACUGAACGGAGAAGGGGGCAGCGGCGGGAACAGCAGGCAGCCGCCCGCGGCACCCUCGCCUCAGAGCUAUGGCAGCCCCGCGUCUUGGAGCUUCGCGGCUCUGGCUGCCGCCCCGUCGCCGUCCUCGGCUCGGAGCAGUUUCUCUUUCUCCGCUGGCUCUGCGGUCCCCUCCGCAGCCUCCGCUUCCUCGCCUCAGCCGCUGCCGCGCAAACUGCUGGUCCCUCCUACGCCGCUGCGCGCUCAGCCCCACCAGCCCCAGCAGCCGGCGGCCGCGGCCGGCGCCAAGCCGCGCAGACCCAAGGAGAAGCGCGAGAAGGAGAGGCGGAGGCACGGCGCCGGCGGGGCGGGCGAGGCCGGCGGGGCCGCCCGCGAGGAGAACGGGGACGUGAAGCCGCUGCCUCGAGAUAAAAUCAAAGAUAAAAUUAAAGAGAGAGAAAAAGAAAAAGAAAGAGAGAAAAAGAAGCAUAAAGUAAUGAAUGAGAUCAAGAAAGAGAAUGGAGAAGUAAAGAUUUUGCUGAAAAGUGGGAAGGAGAAACCAAAAACAAAUGUAGAAGACUUACAAAUUAAAAAGGUAAAGAAGAAAAAGAAAAAGAAACACAAAGAGAAUGAAAAACGGAAGCGUCCAAAAAUGUAUAGCAAAUCUAUUCAAACCAUUUGCUCAGGAUUACUCUCUGAUGUUGAAGAACAAGAAGCCAAAGGCAUCCUAAAUGAUAACAUAAAGGAUUACCUUGGAAAGAAUUUGGAUACCAAGAACUAUGAUUCCAAAAUUCCAGAGAACAGUGAAUUUCCAUUUGUUUCAUUAAAGGAGCCACGGGUUCAGAAUAACCUCAAAAGGUUGGACACUUUGAAGUUCAAACAACUCAUUCAUAUUGAGCACCAGCCUAAUGGAGGUGCAUCAGUUAUUCACGCCUACAGUAAUGAACUCUCCCAUCUGUCUCCUGUGGAGAUGGAGAGGUUUGCAGAAGAGUUUGUGGGUCUAGUGUUCAGUGAAAAUGAAAACUCUGCAGCUUUCUAUGUAAUGGGUAUUGUUCAUGGGGCAGCUACUUAUUUACCUGACUUUUUAGACUACUUUUCAUUUAAUUUUCCCAAUUCACCAGUGAAAAUGGAGAUAUUGGGAAAGAAGGAUAUAGAGACAACGACUAUGUCCAAUUUUCAUGCUCAGGUAAAAAGAACAUAUUCUCAUGGUACUUACAGAGCUGGCCCAAUGAGACAGAUCAGCUUGGUUGGAGCAGUUGAUGAAGAAGUAGGAGACUACUUCCCUGAGUUCCUUGAUAUGCUAGAAGACUCACCAUUUUUAAAAUGUACACUGCCAUGGGGGACACUAUCUAGUCUAAAAUUAGAGAGUCGAAAAGAUAGUGAUGAUGGUCCCAUUAUGUGGGUACGCCCUGGAGAACAAAUGAUCCCUGUGGCUGAUAUGCCAAAGUCACCUUUCAAAAGGAAAAGAACUACCAAUGAAAUAAAAAAUCUGCAGUACCUACCUCGAACCAGUGAGCCCCGUGAAAUGCUCUUUGAAGACAGAACAAGAGCCCAUGCUGAUCACAUAGGACAAGGUUUUGAACGACAGACUACAGCUGCUGUUGGUGUGCUGAAGGCUGUGCACUGUGGAGAGUGGCCCGAUCAAUCCCGAAUAACCAAAGAUGUAAUUUGUUUUCAUGCUGAAGACUUCUUGGAAGUAGUUCAACGAAUGCAGUUAGAUUUACAUGAACCUCCACUGUCCCAGUGUGUCCAAUGGGUUGAUGAUGCAAAACUUAAUCAACUGAGGAGGGAAGGCAUUCGCUAUGCCAGAAUUCAGCUGUAUGAUAAUGACAUUUAUUUUAUUCCAAGGAAUGUUGUUCAUCAGUUCAAGACAGUUUCAGCUGUAUGCAGCUUAGCAUGGCAUGUUCGGCUCAAGUUAUAUCACUCAGAAGAGGGCACUGCUCAAAUUACAGCUACUCAUGAAACAGGCACAUUACCAGAUUCUGCAUCAUCAGUUCUUGGACCUCAUACUGACAACAUGACUUGUGCUGUAAGCAAAACCUCCUUGGAUUCUAUUUUUUCAGACAAACUUCAUCCUAAAUAUGAAUUACAGCAGAUUAAACAUGAACCUAUUGCAUCUGUAAGAAUCAAGGAAGAGGCUAUGAAUGUUUAUAUUCCUGAAAAGACUAGAGCACCGAAUAACAUGGAUGGCAAGAGUGUUAAAGCAAAAUUGGACCAUGUUCAAUUUACAGAAUUUAAGAUUGAUACAGACUCUAAAUUUGAAAAUAGCAACAAAGAUUUAAAGGAAGAAUUGGUGCCCUGGAAAUCUCCUAAGUUUAGUUGAUAAAAAACAACAUAGUUCAGCACAUUCAAAUCAAGAUAGAAAAGAUGAUGACAUUGUAUGCUAAAUUUGUACAUAACCAUUUACAAUUUCUUUUUUUAAACUUAAUAAUGUAAUAAAGAUUCAUGAAUUCUAAAAGCAA